UUGAUUAUUAUCUCUCGUCUAUAAUUACAUAUAUAGUCUUUGAUUACUAUACUCUUUGCCUCACUCCGACGUCUCCAUUGGGCAUUGUUUUUUUUGUUGAAGCCGAUUUAUGUUUUGACAUAUAUAUAAAAUAUUCGAUAUUUCAUGGUUUUGAUUCAAAUAAUUGUUUUAUUUAGUUACGGCUUAGUUUUCUUUAAAUUCAACAAAAAUGACUUGGGGUUUUGUUACCUGCGGCCCUAACGAGGCACUCGUAGUUUCCGGAUGCUGCUACUCGAAGCCGCUGCUGGUGCCCGGAGGCAGGGCGUUCGUAUGGCCUGCCAUCCAGAGCGUCCAACGAAUAUCUCUCAACACCAUGACGCUCCAAGUUGAGUCGCCAACAGUUUACACCAGUCAAGGUGUACCCAUUUCUGUCACAGGCAUUGCACAGGUCAAGAUACAAGGUCAGAAUGCUGAAAUGUUGCUCUCUGCGUGCGAGCAGUUUCUUGGCAAAUCCGAACAAGAGAUCCAACACAUAGCCCUGGUAACCCUCGAAGGUCACCAGCGUGCCAUUAUGGGUUCGAUGACGGUCGAAGAAAUUUAUAAGGACAGAAAAAUAUUCUCCAAAAAGGUGUUCGAAGUGGCGUCGAGCGAUCUCAUUAACAUGGGUAUAACUGUAGUCUCCUACACCCUGAAGGACAUUAGAGACGAAGAGGGUUACUUGAAAGCGCUCGGUAUGGCGCGCACUGCGGAAGUUAAACGUGACGCCCGUAUUGGUGAAGCUGAAGCUCAUGCGGAGGCCAGGAUAAAGGAGGCAAUGGCGGAAGAACAGCGAAUGGCAGCUAGAUUCCUAAAUGACACAGAAAUUGCUAAGGCUCAACGGGAUUUCGAACUAAAAAAGGCUGCCUAUGAUGUCGAAGUGCAAACUAAGAAGGCGGAAGCUGAAAUGGCGUAUGAACUGCAAGCGGCGAAAACUAAACAACGCAUCAAAGAGGAACAAAUGCAAAUUGCUGUAGUGGAACGCACACAAGAGAUUGUCGUUCAGAAAUGGGAGGUUCAACGGCGGGAGAGAGAACUGGACGCCACAGUGCGCAGGCCAGCAGAAGCAGAGAAAUUCAAACUGGAGAAAUUAGCUGAAGCUCAUAAGCUGAAGACAGUCCUCGAGGCUGAGGCCGAAGCCGAGGCAGUUAAAGUACGCGGAGAGGCUGAGGCGUUUGCAAUCAAGGCGAAGGCUGUGGCAGACGCGGAACAAAUGUCGAAGAAAGCAGAGGCGUGGAAAGAGUACGGCUCGGCAGCGAUGGUUGACAUGAUGCUCGAGACUCUACCGAAGGUGGCAGCAGAGGUGGCAGCUCCAUUGUCGCAAGCGCGGAAGGUGACGAUGGUAUCGUGCGGUGGAGGCGAGGUCGGCGCCGCGAAACUCACAGGCGAGGUGCUCAGCAUCGUGCAAUGCCUUCCCGAGCUGGUGAAAGGCGUCACAGGAGUCGACAUUUCCAAGGCUGUGGCUGAACCCCCCACGCUGCCGACUCCAACAGCCCGAGGCGACUCCGGUAGGAAGGCGCGAUAACUGGAACAGAAAUAUAGGCCAUGUUCAUAAGAAUGUUCGCGCAAUGUAAUGUCACAUACACACAGCGUAAACAGAAGAAGCGUUGUUCGUCGCGACAAAACAAGACCAUCAAAUGUUUUAAUGUUUGUUUCUAUAUAUACCUGCCUACCUUUUGUGCUGUGCUUUCAUUAGAUAGGUAAGUAAUUUGUUCCGAGUUCAACCUAUAAAUUAUUUUGUUAAAAUGAAUUAAAGCAAACUGAUGAUGCCCGGAGCCAGGCUGUUUCACAUUAAAUUUAAUUAUUACAGUUCUGGGUUUUAUGUAAUAAAAAACAAUUGUUCUGUUUUUUGUAAUUAUUAUUUAAAACGGAUACAUUUUAAAUGUGUUUUUAUAAAUUUGUUUCUUUAUAUUAUCGCCAAAUUGGAUGCCAUGUGUCACAGAUUAGCUCUGAGCAACAUUGUCCAUAUAAUGAUUUAUUAUAUAUAAGAUUGUCAGACUCAACGACGAAAAGUACAGAUAUAUUUUUCAAAUAUAUUUUCUUAAAUAAUAAUAAAAUUGUUAUAGUUAUCAGUAAAGAGCUGGACAGCCAGUCUUUAGAUCAGCAAUAUGUUAUUUACUAACGAAUAGCAGUCGGAGUUGCAUGCGAUAUUUUGUAAUGUUAGUUAAAUGACGGUUAGACUGGCCAGUGAGCUUAUCUGAGAUGGUGAUAUGUUGCUGACAUUGUAUUACAGAGCGGUGACUAUGUACGAAUCAUGAGCGAUAUCUAUUGAGCUGCCACUUAACUGAAUUUUUAGGCGCCCACAUAUUGUGCCAAAUCAAUAAAUGCGGUAUCAGUUAUUGUAUCUAUAAUUGUUUAUCUGUCAAAUCUCCAUGGUUUGACGCAAGCUAAUGCUAUAUUCAGGAGACAGGAGUAAGGGGUAAUAGCGCGCGUUGUGUUGACUCGUAUUUACCACUUUUUUUCGAGCUACUCUAAUGCUGUUGGCCGCAGAUGGCCUUUACAGCUUCACCGGACGAUAGGGGGUGACUGCUGAUGUCACUCCAAACUCGUAGGACAUAUAGAGCGGCUGAAUGCCAACUCCCGCCUGACGGAUACGAGUUUCG